CGAUAACGUAGAUGAUAUAAAGAUUAUUUUGUUACGUGUCUCUCACAUAAGAGGUAUUUCACUGGGAUAGUUCAGACACUAUAAAACAAGUAUCCACAACUGUCAUGAUAGACAGUGUUGGUAGUCUGCGAGAUACCGGGUCUGUCCGAUGUGGUUCUAAGGUCACGUUUAUCUGUUUCAUCCCAACAUAUAAGUACACAAUGACCUGGUUAAUAGACUCUGGUAAAGCAGCAGAAUGCACAACAACCAACUGUGUUCAAUACCCACCAUACGUAAUUGAAAAUGUUGAAUUUUCCACUGACACAACCAAUGGAGUAUUCAACAUGACAAUCAAUCCGGUUACAUUUAAAGCUGAUGGACGUGUAAUAAAAUGUGAAGCUGGUUCGGAUACUGUACAUGUUAUACCGGCAGUGAAAGUUUUUCCUAAACAAAGCACAACAACAAUUAUGGAAUCAAAAUUUGACAACCACGAUAUGAUCAAUAUAACUGCGAUGUCCGGAUGUGUAUUUCCUAGUUCAGCAAUAACAUUGCAAUGGUAUUAUUAUGAGGCAGGCGAAACACCUAAGCUUUACCAGAUGAGUUCACCAACUGUUAGUGUUUUACCUAUAUGCACAUCUGGAAAUUGCGGCGGAGAUGGAGUAGUUCAGAUGUCAAGUACACUUUCUAUACCGGAGGUACAGACUGGCAGAGAAUAUUAUUUUCAAAUUGCAAUCAAUCAUGAAGAUGCUGACAGUAAAGACAUCGUUUUGGUGAACUCAACUAGAAGUUACAAAAUAAAACAAAUUCCUUCCAAGAUCGCCCAUGCAACGGAACUACCAGUCAUCGGUAUAGUAGUGGGAGCACUUGUAGCAUUUCUAGUCAUGGUUAGUGUGGUAGUGGUGGUCUCUACAGUUAGGAGAAGACUGACUACUUUAAGAAUGAAUUUGCUGUCUGCUGAUUCCACAACCAAUUGUAUGGAACCUGCCAUUGACAAUGUAAAAGGAAAAGAGGAAGGAAGUGCCAAAACUGCUUUAAAAUAUGAUAGACAAGCAUCAGGGCUACGAAUGCAGAAUAACAUUCCAAGACCACUACUAGAAUCCUUAAAGAACGCAGAGGAGGACCAGACACCGCCAGUACAUCCCGAUAAGCUCUCAGUCAACAUUGAAAUUAAAUAUGACGGUGGAGAAAUUUGUUGCGAAGAUAUAAAGCAGAAGUAUGAGAACAAAAUAAAAACUGAAAUUCUUAAAGACAUGGUGAAGAAAAGGAAACUCAAUGAAGAAGAAUAAUUUCAUAAUUAUAUGUAUUUUUAUGCUCUCCUCCGUCCGUCCGUCAUACCUUUUUUUUUGGAGUAUAACUUGAAAAUACAUUUGUGUAUUAAACCUUGUCAGGGAAUAACUCGCUAGCUAUGAUAGGUAUUGUCAUGAUACUAUACAUAUUGUACAUAUUGUUAGAGGUCAAUGCGAGGGUGUGUAGCGACAAGGAACCAUAACUCUAAGUGCUCCCAUUUCUGAAUUAUCUACAUUGUUUUGAAAACAUUGUCUGGUGAAUAACUUGAAUACUAUGGCAUUGACUUCAUAAUUUAUAUCUUGAUAGUGGUCCGUUAAAGGGAAUGCAGUGACAAAGAACCAUAACUCUGAGUGCUCCUACUUUUUAUUUUAUCUCCCUUUUUAGAAUACCUCCUCCGGUGUAUAACCUGAACAGUAUGAAAAAUAUUGAGUUCAAACUAUAGGUAUUUAUAGAGGUCAGUUAUACAGGGAGUGCAGUGUCGUCUUACACACUUACGUGAUAAAAAUUUUCACAGGUACAAAGACCUUUAAGUACUAGCUGGAACGACUAGGACUACCAGCUAAAUAUGUAAAUAAAGACGCAAGGAAAAGAUAUGACAUACCCUUUAAGUGAUUUAUAUUUUCUUUAUUAUUUUACUUUGAAUUUUACUUAUAUCUCAAAGUUCACUUUUCCUUCACUAUGUCGCAUCAUCCUUAUACAGGUGUCUUUAAUCCGCUUAUAACAUAAAUGCUAUGUAUAGAAAAGACUUAUUGCCUGAAAGCAAUAAAUAUCUAUUUUGUAGAUAAGGUGAUGUAUGACCCCCACUUCAUCUCGGAAGUUUACGUAAAAUUUCAUACCUAUGGCAUUAUCGAUUUUUUCCCAGCUAGGCUGAAGCUGUCCCGCUUAGUACAGAAAGUUCGAUGUGUUCUGCAAAUUAAUCCUCUUUAUUUGAUUUUUUCACCCUAUAAAAACUUCUGAUUGAAAAGCAUAACUAUUUUAUAUCAAUAUUAAACAUCAAUAAAGAUGUUCACUGUUGGUACGAGGAUGCAGAUACCGGUAAAUUCGAAGUGGCAUCCACCAACCUACGAGGUCACGAAAAUCAGAAUGUACGUUAAUUAGAUACGUUUAUUUUAUAUCAAUGCCACAAGUAACAGUUACAACAUGCCGUCUACAAAACUGAAAAAUGAGGUUACAUACUUAGAAUAUUUCGAAAUACUGAUAAUGAUGGCAUAAAACAUACCUUUAAGAUUUUGAUAAAUUAGCUAGAACGUUACACACCACUAAAUUUGUAUUACGGUUACAUGAUGAUAGAUAGUGCAUUACACGUGACUAUUGUUAGUUAUCAAAUUGACAUGAAAUAACUAAGAACUCCACUAAUUAUCAUUAUUUCUUUCAUGUUUUAUUUACUCAGAAAUAUUGUACGAAUAUUUCAUUUGUCACAUUCAUACACAUACAUACCAACAUACAUUUAUGUACAUAUUUAAAACAUUGAUUCCCAGAUUCAUGUAUUCAGCAAUAUUCAGUGACAUAUUUUGAACAAAAUUAUAAUUUUGUUUAUAGUAGAUAAACAUUCUGGUAGCAAACAAUAUAUUUUUUUUCUAAUCAUAUUGAAUUUGAAUUUUUUUGUUUUUCAAAUUGUGUUGGCCAUAUAAGGCGUAAGUGAACUUUGUCCAUUAACUGACAUCAGAUUAAAUUUAAACUCGC